CCUCCCCUCCCCGCCCAGGGGAAAGGCCGGGGCGUGCCAUGGCGCCCCGCUCCUCCGGUAGGCCCCGCCGCCCCCAGCGAAGCGAGAAGGAGGUUUGGCAGGAGCGGAGCGCUGGCUGGGCCGCGCCUGGGGCUGUUGCCCGACGAUGAGUUACUUCGUCAAACUAAAUGCCCGAAACACGGCCCCCCUGCCCUGGACUUUUAACACCCAACACAUACUUGGGACGUUAACACUCAACUGGAUUUUUUUCUGGAAAAACACUGUCGCCUCGAUUGAUGCCAGUCAGGUCCUGCAGUAACAGAAGUCCUGGGGCACGUAAAUACCAGCACAAAUUUCCUGUGAGCAUCUCAACUGGUGUGGCCUUGUGAAUAAAGAAAGUAAAGAAAAUGCAAACAGAUUCAGAAUUUAACAAGAGCGGUGCUAGCCUGGAAGAACUGCAUAGAGUUACAGCAGCUCUGUUCAUCAAGGGACAGCACCUCUGUAUGUGCAGAAGUUCUGCCAGAUCCUGGAAUCUGCAAAGAGUUGCUCGAGACAAAGAGCACAAGAGUGAAAUUGCCCAUCGCUACAAUGAUUUGAAGGAAGAAACAUUUAAAGCAGUUGCCAUGAUCACAUUUUCCCAGUAUCUCCAGAGAUGUUCUUAUGAUGGAUUGUCUAAGCUGGUGAAGGAUGUUGUUGAUCUGGCACAGAAAUGUGUGGCCAAUGAGGAUGCUCCUGAAUGUGCAAAACCACUGCCCUCCAUUUUCCUGGAUGAAAUCUGCCAAGUAGAAAAGCUCCGCGACUCAUACGGUGCAAUGGCUGACUGCUGCAGUAAAACUGAUCCUGAAAGAAACGAGUGUUUCCUGUCAUUUAAAGUUCCCCAACCAGACUUUGUUCAGCCAUACCAAAGACCAGCUUCUGAUGUGAUAUGCAAGGAGUACCAGGACAACCGGGUGUCAUUUCUGGGACAUUUUGUCUAUUCUAUUGGAAGAAGAAACCCCUUCUUGUACGCCCCAACAAUCCUCAGUCUGGCUGCUGAUUAUGAACAUGCACUUCAGACCUGUUGCAAAGAGAGUGAUGUUGGUGCUUGCUUGGAUGAAAAGGCAAUUGUCAUAAAAGAAAAAGCCAUGAAAGUAAGCAUGAUGCAGCAGUAUUCUUGUGGAAUCCUCAAGACUUUUGGUGAGAGAACUUUCCAAGCAAACAAACUUGCUCGCCUGAGCCAGAAAUAUCCCAAGGCUCCAUUACCAGAAAUUCUUAAACUUAUACAUGAGACUAAGGAUAUCUACAAGGAGUGCUGUGAAGGUGACAUGAUAGAGUGCAUGGAUGACAUGGCAGAGCUUAUGACCUACAUGUGCUCUAAACAAGAAGUUUUCUCAAGUAAAAUCAAACACUGCUGUGAGAAGCCAGUUGUGGAACGAAGCCAGUGCGUUAUUGAAGCAGAUUUUGAUGACAAACCUGAAGACCUCCCUUCACUCGUUGAAAAAUACAUACAAGAUAAGGAAGUGUGUAAAAGGUUUGAGGCAGGCCAUGAUGAAUUCUUGUCAGAGUUUGUUUAUGAAUACUCACGAAGACACCCUGAGUUCUCCACGCAGCUGAUUCUGAGAGUUACUAAGGGAUAUGAAACACUCCUGGAAAAGUGCUGCAAAACAGACAACCCUGCUGAGUGCUACGGAAAUGCUCAAGAGGAAUUGAAUAAACAUAUCAAAGAAACUCAGGAUGUUGUAAAGACAAACUGUGAACUUCUCACUACCCAUGGCGAGCAUGACUUUCUUAAAGCACUUCUGAUCCGCUACACUAAGAAAAUGCCCCAGGUAUCAACUGAUACCUUGCUUGAGAUUGGACAGAAAAUGACAAAUGUUGGUAAUAAAUGCUGCCAGCUUCCUGAAGACAGACGCCUACCUUGUUCUGAGGGAUAUCUGAGUGUUGUGAUUCAGGAAAUGUGCAGGAGACAGGAGACCACACCUAUAAAUGACAAUGUUUCACAUUGCUGCAGCGACUCCUACGCUUACAGGAGACCAUGUUUCACUGCCAUGGAAGUAGAUACCAAAUAUGUGCCUCCAGCAUUUGACCCUGAGAUGUUCAGCUUUGAUGAAAAACUGUGCACUGCUUCUCCUGCUGAACGGGACUUGGGGCAUAUGAAAUUGCUUGUCAACCUCAUUAAACGCAAGCCCCAGAUGACAGAAGAACAAAUAAAGACAAUUGCUGAUGGUUUCACUGCCAUGGUAGACAAGUGCUGCAAGCAAUCAGAUAUCGAGACAUGCUUUGGGGAAGAGGGUGCAAACCUAAUAGUCCAGAGCAGAGCCACAUUGGGAAUUGGUGCUUAACAGGUGGUUGCCAAUGGGAAAAAUAUGAAGAAAAAUACUUCUGUGUAACUUCUCCCACCCAUUACCUUUUUUCUUUGGUACUGAAUGAGUAUUUCAUAAAUCUUCAGUGUUUUGUCAAACCACAUGCUUCUCCAGAAACUUUCUAAUUCUAUUACUUUGAAAAAAAAUGAAUAAUAAAUAAAAGCUUUAUAAAUCUG